UUGUGAGGACACUUGGGGAGACCCAGAGAGACUGAACUGUGAGCACUAGAGAGCAAGUUAGAGAAUUACACAACUUACCUGUGCAUUUUACAAUUUCUAAAUGGCUGGUUUGAUUUAAAAACACUUUGGCACAUUUUAAUUGAUUCCUCUUCUUAAAAGUCUCAUGACCUACCAGUAUCUUAACAAAGAGGGACCAUGGCGGGUCUUGGGAAAAGCUCGGUGGUGCAGCGUGGCCUCACCUUUGCUACAGGUCUGGUGGAGUGUCUGUGUUUUGCUGGAGCCCUUUUUGGAUGGGCUUCGCUUGUUUUUGUACUGAAGAAAGAGGACUACUUCAGCUCUGAGUGCAUCAACACCACAACAGCCAAUGGAACAGACUUAGAUUGCAGUGGACAGGAUGAACAGUUCUCGCUUGUUUUCACUAUUGCUUCCUUUCUAUGCAUUUUCAUGACGCUGCCUAGUGGUUUCUUCUUUGAUCGGUUUGGGACCGCAGUGUCUAGGCUCAUUGCAAUAGUUCUUUACACAGCGGGUACCUUGUUGGUGGCCUUCUCGACUGCAGUUAUGUCCAACCUGCUCUUCCCAGCUCUCUCCUUCAUAGCAAUGGGUGGAAUACUGUUUCUAAUUACCAACAUGCCGGUGGGAAACCUGUUCGGCUCACGUCGCUCCACCAUCAUCACUCUCUAUAACGGGGCCUUUGACUCAUCGUCAGCACUCUUCUUUGUUAUCAAGCUGAUAUAUGAGGCUGGAAUCUCUCUGCUCCCUCCCUUCCUCUUCCUGUCCGCCUGCAGCGUCAUUCACCUGCUCAGGACUAUCUUCUUGAUGCCCAGAGGCCACAUUCCCUACCCGCUGCCUGAUGACUACACAUACGGGGUAACCUGUGGUAAAUCAAAGACUCUGACCUUGCACAUAACUGCAAAUGAUAACACAGAGAUGGCGACAGAGGAAGUCGAGGAUAUUCCUGUCAAACAAGAGAAGAGUCUCCGUGAGUGUGUGCUGUCCAGGCUCUUUUGGCUGCACGUGCUUUGGUUGUCAGUGAUGCUGCUCAGACAUUACCUCUUCAUUGGCACCCUUAACCCCAUGCUGCAGCGGCUGACAGAGGGAGAGCCUUCACUGGUGAGCCGGUACAUUAAUGCCUUUGCCAUAACGCAGCUGUGUGGCGUGCUGUGUGCUCCCUGGAACGGUCUCAUCAUGGACAGAAACAAGGGCAAACCUCGUGCUGCAGGAGAGAGUGAACAGGAAGCAGACUUGCGUUCUUCGGUCCUUUCUCUCUUCCUGACGGCACUGCAGUGUGUGGUGUUCUCAGUCUGUGCCACCAUCCCGAACCUGCCGCUUCAGUACUUCACCUUCGUCAUACAGGUGAUAAACCGCUCCUUCCUCUUCGGUGGGAACGCAGCCUUCAUCAGUGUGGCAUUUCCACCCUGCCACUUUGGGAAGCUGUAUGGUCUGGUCAUGGCUCUGUCUGCAGUGUUUUCUCUGCUGCAGUACGCCUGCUUCGCCCUGGUGAAUGGACCUCUGGACGGAGAUCCUUUAUAUGUGAACAUCGCUCUGACGCUGCUCAUCCUGUUCGCCUUCAUCCAUCCCCUCUCUGUCUACCUGCACUGUCGAAGUCUCGCCUCCAAGCGAGCCAUCAAUGCCUCCUCCUAAAGUCUGUGAAAUGACUUGCACUCAAAAUGUUUUAAUGUCACCAGUGACACUUUUACCUCUUCAGUUUGUUUGUUUGUGUGUUUGUCUAUGUCUGUUGUGUUGAAAUAUGUAUCAAGUGCUUGUGGGUGCAUUUCAGUUUGCAGAGAAAUGCGGUCCAGGAGCAUUCUUUACACUCUUGGAUCAUGUUCACAGAAGGAUUUAUCUACACUAUUUAAAGGUGAAGUAGACGGUUUAAUUUGGGGAAAUCCACAACAUAUUUUUAUUGUAAUUCAAGUGUGUGGAUGUGUAUGACUCUACGACUUUAAUUAUCCUUAAAAUCACAAGUGACACUCUUCAGUCAGUCUGUCUGUUUAUUGGUGCUCUUCUCUCUGCUUAAUGAAAAAAGGGAAAUGUUUUUACCAGUAUGUUUAUGAUAUAGGUUGAGUGGGGUUUUAAAAAAAAUACCAAAACAGAAGUUACUGUUGUUGAAAUGUAACUUAAAAUAUGCAAAUUCUUCAUUGUGCUGCAUCAAACUAAAUGUAUCAACUUCAGUGAUGUGGAAUGGCACUUUGUUUCCGCCUUCAACUACUGUGAGAAACUUGCAGGAAACUGCCUUUUACAGAUGGUACAGAAAAUGCACAGUGUACAUGUACAGAAAUUGUGAUGUACUGAAAGGAUCUUUAUUAAUUUUUAAAAACUCAAUGCAGAGAAAUAUAUGUUAUACACAGCCUUACUAUGUUCAAAUAAACAUCAAAGUUAUAUUUAAAGAC